AUGUCCAGGUGUCUGAGCUGUCCCGGACCCAUCCCAGAAGCCACAGGUCAGGGAACUCGAACCCCGUACCCCCUACCCUGGCUGGACCCCUCUCCCCCGGUCCCCUCUGAGGGACACGGACCCCGCCCUCCACCCCCCACGCCCUGCAGACGGGCCCAGAGUUUUGGUUCCGCCCCUGGCCCUCCCAGCAGCGUUGGUACCGGGGCGCUGACCGUGUCCCGGUCCAGUAUGAACACUGGAGAGGCCGAGGGGGACCCGGACCCCCCCGUCUGCCCCCCCGUCAGACACCUGGCAGGUGUUCCGGUGAAGAGCUUUGACUCGGUGACCAUCGACAGCGACCUGGACUCGGUGCGGACCGACCGGGUCCGCAAACACUUCCGGAACGCUCUACGCAGCGGGGCAGCGGUCAGGAGUGCCCGGGUCCUGCACCCGGAGGACCUGGGCACAGACCAGAGUGAGCCGGACCUGCUGCUGGAGCCCAGGUCAAAGUUCAGUCUGCACGCCCUCAGGCGGAAUGUUCCGGGCGGGGGCCGGCACGUCCGAAAACCACGGCCCCCCAGGAGAGAGACUCCCAGCGCUGCGGUCAGGUACGACUGCUCGGGCGAUGAGGAGACCGAUGAGGGAGAGGGGGAGGAGGAGGAGGAGCAGGCGGGUCUCUCAGGACUCUUUUCCCGAGGGCUGGUGCAGAAGACCAGCGCCCCCUGGAGGAAAAGGCCCAGCCAGUUAAAACGGCCACACUUACGCACGUUGACUGGCGGGUGGAUGGAGGCCAUGAGCUCUGAUUGGCUGCUGCUGGAGGAGGCCCUGCACACCCUGAGGCAGAACUGUCUCAGGGAGGAGGAGAGGUUGAAACAGAAGCGAGAUCAGCUCCAUGACACUGAGCUGUCCCUCACGACGUUACUGCAACAGAAGAAGCAUGCCGUGCAGGAGCUGGAGUGCACGCGGGCGAGGGCGGAGCAAGCGGAGAGGGAGGGGCGGAGCCUGGAGGCCAGCCUGAGAGACGGCAGGGUGCAGGCGGACAGCACCAGGUCUCAGCUGCGUUUGCUGCAGGCUCAGAGAGACGCCCACAUGCAGGAGCUGACAGAUCUGGAGGCGGAGCUUACAGCCCUGCGCAGACACAAGGCCGUCCUGCAGGAGAGGACGGGGGCGGAGCUAGAGAAGAGGCACACCGGCCGUCUGUCAGUCCUGGAGAGGGAGGAGAUGGACAGACAGCUGGACAGCGCCAAGACCGAGCUGUUCGCUGAGCAGCGCCGCGCCCGACACAAACUGGACUCUCUGCAGGAGAGGCUGGAGGAGACGCAGCAGGAGCUGGACCAGCGUGUGGAGGAGGUGCGGAUCCUGAGGGAGAGUCACUGCAGCCUGCAGGAGCAGAGAGAGGAGCAGGAGCAGAGGAGGAGGGAGGAGGUGCAGGAGGAGGCACAUGGCCACCAGGCACAGGUGCAGGAGCUCCAGGACCAGCUGGAGGUGCAGGGAGGCCGUGUCGGGGCUCUGGAGCGCCUCCUAUCCCAGAAGGAGCAGCAGGAGGUGGAGGCACAGGAGCAGCUGGGGACCCUGCAGGAGGAGAAGAGGAGUCUGGAGGAGCAGCUGCUCUCCCAGAGGGAGGAGCACGGCGCCAGGCUCAAGGAGGCGCAGGAGGAGAGGAGGAGUCUGGAGGAGCAGCUGCUCUCCCAGAGGGAGGAGUACGGCUCCAGGCUCAAGGAGGCACAGGAGGAGAGGAGGAGUCUGGAGGAGGAGCACAGCUCUACACUGAAGGAGAUUCAGGAGGAGAGGAGGACUCUGGAGGAGGAGCACUGCACCAGGCUGAGGGAGGCACAGGAGCAGGCAGAGAGGGACAAGGAGCUGCAGUUGGAGCAGUUGAGGUCAGAGUUGAGUCUGGCAGCGAAGCAGGAAAUUCAACAGGUUUUAGCUCAGGCAGAGGAGGAGAAACAGGAGGCCCUGAGAGAGCAGGCCCUGUCUCUCACUCUGCAUGCAGACGCCCUGCAGGCCCGCGUUCAGCUGAAGGAGGAAGAGCUGAGGAAGAUGAUGGAGGCUCUGGAGCGACAGGAAGUCGCCAUGAGGAAGCAGCUGGAGCAGCAGCGGGCGGAGUCUGAGAAACACGCUUCAGCGGGAGAGGAGAGGAGGAGGCUGCAGGAGCUCCUGGAGGAGCAGCGAGAGGGCACUCAGGAGCUGGUCCGCCUCGCGGUGGAACAGGAGCGCAGGACGUGGGAGGCGGAGCUUCGGGCCCAGCGGAGGCGCUGGAGGACCAGGCGCGCCGGGCGGGCGAACGGGCGAGCGAGGAGGCGGAGAGAGAGAGGAGGAACUGCCUGGCCCUGCAGAACAAGAUCGUGGAGCUGCAGACGAGGGUGCAGGAGCAGACGGGGAGGUUCGGCUGCAGCAGAGGGAGCAGGCUGCUCUGCUGCGCAGCGCAGGGCUCUGAGGAGGAGCAGCAGAGCGAGCUGCAGAGAGGCGCAGAGGGAGGCGCAGAGGGAGGCGCGGCGGCUGCAGCAGGCCCAUGGGGAGGCGCAGAGCCUGCGGGCCACCCUCGCGGAGAGGGGGCGGGGCCAGGAGGAGGGCGUGGCCAGGGCGGAGCAGCUGCAGAGAGGUUGGGCCUCGGAGCUGGGGGCGGAGUGCCGGCGUCUGCAGGAGCUGCUGGAGCCGGGGGGGGCCACCGGGGGCGCUGUUCCCCUCCCACACAGUCCUACGGUGGCCCAGGUGGUACAAACGUUUCGUUCGACGAGAGAGCAGCUGUGCUCCCUGGUCAGCCGUCUGCAGGAGGACCUGGAGUCUCAGAGGCACGCCGCCCAGCAGCUGUCCCGGGAAAAGGAGCGGGAGCUGCGCACUCAGAGGGAGAACUUGACUGUGGAACGGGAGCAGGCCCUGGACUCACUGAAAGAGCGGCUGAUACAGGACCACAUUGAGGAGCUCAGCAGUCUGCAGCGCUCCCAGCUCCGCGACAGCAGCGGUGAGGCGGGGGGCGUGGCCGCGUCGCUACGGCGACAGCUACAGGACAAGGACGGCGAGCUGCGGGAGGUGCAGAGGAGCAUGGGGAGGUGGAAGGAGCAGACCGCCGCCCGCCUGGCCCGCAAGUUUGAGGAGGAGCUGACGGCCGAGCUGGAGAGACGGGUUCCGAGGGCCAGGACAGACCAGCAGAGGAAACUGCAUCGUUUGGAGGCUGAGAUGAGGCAGCUGACCAUGGAGUACGGUGACCCAGGUGCGCUGCGCUCCACCUCCACCCCGUCCCUCGUGUCUCUGGACCCCCCCGCCGGCCCCGGGGCCCCCGACCUGGCCACCUUCAAGCUGCUGCGUCACCUGCAGAGCCGCGUCCGUCAGCUGCGGGCGGAGAACUCUGUGCACCUGGGCACGCACCUGGGCACGCACCUGGGCACGCACCUGGGCACGCACCUGGAGACGCAGCUGGGCUCACACCUGGGCACGCACCUGGGCACACACCUGGGCACGCACCUGGGCACACACCUGGAGACGCAGCUGGCCACACACCUGGGCUCACACCUGGAGACGCACCUGGGCACGCACCUGGGCUCACACCUGGGCUCGCCGGUUACCACGGAGCUCGCCGGAUCGUACCUGGAGACGGCUGGACCACUGCGCGUGAUCGAGGGUCUCAUCCACGCCACAGGGCCUGGCCCCAGCUGUCAGAACAGCCUGUAA